UGCAGAUCAUCUGAAUACAGACACCAAAACUAUCCCCAAAAAAACACAACUCCUAGAGAGAGAAAAUAUCGUCUAGAGAGAGAAAACGUGCCGGAGAUAUUCAUCGCCGGCUGAACCUAUUUACACCGGAGAUGUGAUACAACUUCAACAAGCUUAAAAUUUUAAAUAUGGACGAAAAUAGGGGAUUAUCGUUGUCGGUACCGUCUACACGGCCUUCGAUAACGCUCCCGCCACGUUCGACGGUGGAGACUUUGUUCGCCGGCGGAGGCAGCGGUCCGGGAGCUAGUCCUGGACCAAUGACUUUAGUCUCAAAUUUCUUCUCAGAGAACGAUCCGGAUUCCGAUUGUCGUUCAUUCUCUCAACUUCUAUCCGGAGCUAUGUUGUCGCCGGCAGAGAUUCCCGACCGUAGACCGUCGAGUCAUCUGGAUAUCCGACACUCUUAUUCUAACAAAGAGUCCGUUAACAGCGGCGAUGGCGGUGGCGUUGGUGGCGGAAACGUUGACUUUCAGUUUAGUAACAAUGGUCGGCCUUCAAGUUUGGUGGUUACUCAGCCGUCGAUGUUUACCAUACCUCCGGGCCUAAGUCCGGCUACCUUGCUCGAUUCACCGGGAUUUUUCCCUCAAACUCAGGCUUCUCUUGGAAUGUCCCACCAACAAGCAUUAGCUCAAGUGACAGCACAAGCUUCAUCACUACCACCAAUCCAUUCUUUUACCUCCACCGCCGCCACCUACCACCGCCUGCCGCCAGCUAAGCCGGACCACUACACCGACAAGGACUCAUCUGAUUUUUCAAAUUCCGACAACCGCUACCACCCUUCCUCCAUAGCAGUCGAUAAGCCCGCUGAUGAUGGCUACAAUUGGAGAAAAUACGGGCAAAAACAAGUAAAGGGUAGUGAAUACCCUCGCAGUUAUUACAAAUGUACCCAUCCAAAUUGUCCUGUUAAGAAGCAAGUUGAGCGGUCUGUAGAGGGGCAAGUGACGGAAAUUAUUUAUAAGGGGCAGCACAACCACCAGCCACCUCAAAGCAAACGUGGAAAAGAUUCUAGUAAUGGUACUUCAAGCGUAAACGAACAUAAAUUCGAGUGGCAGAUUGGUAAUUUUAACCAUUCGUUGAUGAAAGAUCAAGAAUCUAGUCAAGCUACGUAUGAACAUUCGGGGUCGAGUGAUAGUGAGGAAGUGGGUAAUGAUGUAAGUCGAGUAGAUGAAAGACAUGAAGAUGAACCUCAACAAAAAAGGAGGAACAUAGAGGGGAGGGGUGUGGACCCCGUUUCAUCACACCGAGGAGUUACGGAACCUCGGAUCAUUGUUCAAACAACUAGUGAAGUCGAUCUUCUUGAUGAUGGGUAUAGAUGGAGAAAGUAUGGACAAAAAGUUGUGAAAGGAAAUCCUCAUCCAAGGAGUUAUUACAAGUGUACAAGCCAAGGGUGCAAUGUACGCAAGCAUGUAGAGAGAGCUGCAAGUGAUCCAAAAGCUGUGAUAACCACAUACGAAGGAAAACACACCCACGAUGUGCCGGCGGCUAAAAACAGCAGCCAUAAUAUUGCCGCCAACACCGCCGCCGCUCAACUUCAGCCGCCUAAUCAUGGCGGACAUUCAUUGAUCCGGAGACAAGACUAUCCAAACCACCACCAACAACAACCACCACCACCACCCUCGGGACUUCUACAAUUUAAAGAAGAACAGAUAACAUAGUUCGAGUUGGUUACAAAUAUGUGAGUCGUCUUUUGGUGAAAGAUUUGUUGCUGUGUUAUAUUUUUUUAUAUUUGGUUUAAUCUUUAUACAACAGGAAAAAAGAAGUAGAAAUUAGUUCAAAGUUGAUAUCGUGUACACUAAUACCUGAAAAAAGUUCCAUGAAUUGUUGUAAAUUAUACAAAAGAAGGUGUGUUGUUUUUGUAUUUUUGGUUCCAUUUUCAUGUAACCUUGAACACAUUUUUUUUUUGUCGAUGUUGUGUUGUACCAUGAAUUUGAAAAGUUAAGGGAAGGUUCGGAUUUGGG